CGCGGCAACCGCCGGCGCGUUCACCGGGCGGGCGGGGCCGGGCCGGACUGGGCAGUGAAGGAAAGCUGCCCACUUGCACUUUGGGAACUGGAGAGCUGUUCCUAGGGAUGGCUAAGCUGAACUAGGACUAGCCUGAACAUUCCCUGUUUGAUGUUUCCUCAUCCCUGACCUGGACCUUAGAGCAGCUUUUUCAUUUUGAGAGCCGAUGCAAGUAACACUGUGUAUUACUGUCACAGAGUCAGGUGGAAGAACUGAGGAGGCCGUUAGAGGUCAGUGUUUGUACUCGGGAAGUGUCGUUCAGCGACCAGUGAAAACACCGGGCGUUCCCUGGUCUUGGAAGGGUGUUAAUACUGAAAAGGCAGACAAAAUUUGUGUCUGUGCUGUAUCUACACUGUUGAAGGUACUUGCGUCACAGAGUAAUCCCUGCCUGCACAGAGGACUAGGUUAACACCUCUGGAUGUAGUGGUGCUUCUAACAGUGAUGUAAAGUCUGGGACUCCUCUGGAUGCCACAUGUACCACUGUGGCCAUGGAACAGUCUUGUGUCCAAAGAAAUGCAUUCCAAAUGAUAACUGCUGCUUACUGAACUGAACUGCAAAGAUCUCAUGCUUUGGAGAUGAAGAUGAUAAACCCAAGGAAAUAAUCCAGCUACUCCCGUUGUGGCAACUGAAAUCUCCUUUGUGCCAAAAUGAACAGUCUUUGAGAAAAAUCUGGAAAGCUGUAAAAUCUGAAAAAUGGGAGAAAGAGUAAGGAGCCCAGAUUCUGAACACGAGAGGAAAUCAGAUGAGGAUAAAAAUAGUGACUCCUAUUAUUCAGAUGAAGGUAAUGCAUCUCAUUCAUCCAGCCAGUCGCCAGCACUAAGCUCUCCAUCUACAAGCCAAGAAAAGAGACAUCACAAAACACAGGCUUCAAACAGCCUUGUGCACUACCAAGGUAGCCACAAGAAAUUGGAUUCCAAAUAUGCACCAAGCAAGAGAGGGACACGGUGGGGUUUCCGUUCUCAGAGCCUCACUAGGGAUUCUCCUGCAAAAGAUAUAGAUCUUGUUACAAAAAGAGUUCUUUCUGCGAGGCUGCUGAAAAUCAAUGAGCUCCGAAAUGAACUGACUGAACUCCACAAACUAGAUGAGCUGCAGAAGGAAAACAGGGCACUGAAGAGGCUUCAGCACAGGCAGGAGAAAGCCCUGAAUAAGUUCGAAGAUACAGAAAACGAAAUCUCUCAGCUCCUUGCUCCAAACAAUGAGAUUAGAAUAUUAAGGGAGCGCCUACGAAAAUCUCAGGAGAGAGAACGUGCAACUGAGAGACGGUUGAAAGAUUCGGAGGAUGAACUGUACAGAACAAAAACUGUCCUGCAGAAACUGAAAAAGCUGUCUGCAGAUAAGCACCUUGGAAGAGACGACCUGGCAAAGAAACUAGCCAAUGCAGAGAGCGGCUAGAGGACAGGAAAAAAGAUGUUAAAAAAAUAAAAAAAAAAAAAAAAAAAAAAACAAAAGGAUCUGGAAAGAAAUCUUGAGUUAAGUGGUAGCAGUUUUCAACGAGAGUUACAUUCAAAGAAAAAAAAGCUAUAUGAGGCUCAAGAAGAAAACAGAGUUCUCCAAGAAGAGCUUCAUCAGCUAAAUCAGAAGCUGAAGGUAAAAUAAAGAGAACUUGAAGCAAAAAAAUAUGCUAAUCGUAUGUUGAAGCUAUCACCAAGAAAAGACAUGGAUAUUGUACAAAGAAAAAGAGCCAACAACCAAAAUACUAAAAAAGGACCACUCCUCACAAAGGGUGUACAAACCAGUGGAUACUUCUCACCAGCAGAACUUCUUCCGGAAUCAGAAUUUGUCUGUGGUGACACAGUAAACAAAGAAGGAAUUCUUCCUAAAAUAGAAAAAGAAACUCGAGACAAAGGGUGGAAAGAGCAAACAGACCUUCUAAGACAGGACCAAAACAGGGAAAGGGAAGAGAAACUGAAAUAUUUUCAGGAAAUGCAGGCUUUAGAGGAGAGAGUUUCAAAACUUCAUGACGAGUGGGAAAGGAAAGAAUAUGACAAAAUCAAAAAAGAAAGCAACUUUUUAUUGGAUAAAGAAGAGAAAAUAAAGAUGGAGGCAGAAAUCCGCAAACCUGAAGUAGAGAGUGAAAGCCCUGAAAUGUUGGAGGAGCGGCGAAAAAGAGAGUUCCUGCUUGCUAAAAUGCAAGAAAUUGAUAGAGAAAUUCAAAGUACAGCAAACAUGAAACCAACUUCCCAAGCACCACUCACAAAUACAGCAAGAAAAUCUGAUUCCCUGGAGAAAAAGGAAAAAACUAAUCCAUUCUUUGAGGUUCCAGGGAAGGUUACUAAUGGAUUUCCUGUAAAAGACAGCCAGGACGAUGCCACAAGAGCACAAGGGCAGAAGGAACAAAAUGUAAGGACUGUAGAUUUAAGUUGUGAGUUAACAUUUGGUAGUUAUGUACCUUCCUUUGGGAAAGGAUCAGGGAGACCAAGUUGGCUUACUCAAAAAACUGACAAAUUAGAAGAAAAUGUUAAGGAAAAUGCAGAUUUCGAUAGUAAGAAAGAAAAGAAGUCCAAUUUAAUGGAACAACUCUUUGGAAGCAGUGCCAGUACCAUUGUUCUCUCUAAAAAUAACAAUACACCACUUUUUGAUGUAGAUUGGGAUUCUAGUAAUACUCCUUUUGUUGAUAAAAAUAGUAAACUCAGUAAAGAAGACAAUGAGCUUUUUGGUGAAGGAAGAAACCUAAACAGACACCGUUUGCAAUACACUACAAGCAAGCCAGGAGUUAAGACCCUUGGUUCUUUAGAAGAUGAAAUCGAAGAAGUAAUCUUACAGUGAUCAUAUUUUUAUAUGUUUCAUAUGUAAAUACUGAAAACUAUUUUCGUGUAAUAUUUAUUAGAUACAGAUUUGAAAGAUGUCAGAUAUAUUGUAAAGCCUUAUGAAGGAAUAAUUUGCAUAAAUGGGUAUAUGUAUAGAGGAGAGGUGCAGUGCUUGUUUGUUUUUUUUUUACCUGAAGGCUGCUCACAAUACACUGCUUUUCAAUUGGAGUACUGCUUUUAGGCCUCAGAUAUUUUCUUUCUCACACAUUUGGAGAGCCACUUAACUGUGCCAGGAGAAGGCAUGUGUAAUAUCAGUCAUGAAAUGGAUAGAAGAGACAUUCCUAGCACAAAUUCUCUUAGAAAGAGAAUAUUUUACUCUGCUGUCAUGUUAUCUCAUAACAUCAACAGAAGCACAAUUAACUCAGGAACAGCCAAUUUCUCUUUUGUGUAGGUUUUCUGUGGACCUUACUACCAAAUGUUUCCAAGUCUUCUCAUUUAUACAGAUUAUAUUUGUUACACAAUGCCAUUUUUUGUAAUUUCUGAAUUUUAUAUGUAAAAUUCCAAUCAUUACUAAGUAAUUUUUUAACAAAAUGGUUUUAUUAAAUGAGUUGAGUAAA